AUUUGAGAACAAUUUUGUCACGCAAUUAGACAAAUACGUUUUUAAAUAAUGCACACGCAACGUAAUAUUAUCUGAAAUAAACUUAUUUGAUAGUUAUAAUAAUGCAUUGUGUCUUCUUCAUUUCAGGACUUUAAAGAGUAGCUAGUGCAUGUAAAACACUUAAAUUACAGGAUAACAUUUGUUUCAACAAAUGGAUGAAAUAAGCGAUUUAGAAGAUGUUCCUGAAGUUGAGCUGGGAGAUAUACAGUUGUCACUUAGGCAAGAGGCUGAGAACAGGGUUGUUGAAGAUGAUGGCUACACGUUGUUCGGCUGUCUUGCAUUAAAUAUAACAAAUCUGUUGUUACGGAUACCAGCUCGAAACAAAAACAAAACUACUCAAGGAACUAAAACUAUUGAAGAGUAUACCAAACCAGAUGUUAUUAAGAAAGGUGCUGUUGAUCUUCUAUCAAAACACAAGAAGCAGUUCAAGUCGGUAUUGACAAUACUUGUCGACGAUAAUACACCAGAAGCAUUACCAAAUAGUCAAUCCGAAAGCAAAGAAAGUGAGGCUCAUAUGGAAACAUUUUACCAAAGGGUUAUCGAAGAUUGUAAAAGUGAUGAAAAAUAUAAACCUUAUGCAAAGUUAUGUAUCUAUGCAGCAGCAACUUGUAUAAACACACCUAUAUACAUCGCUAGUGUAAAUGAGGCAGGGGAAAUGCAAUGGACUUACUUCAAACCAUUAUUCAAAUUCGAAGGUCAACCGGAAGCUGUAAUAAACUACGUGACUAUGUUCAUAUCUUCUGACAAUACUUUCCAUGGAAUAGAAUCACACGAUCAGUCUGCAUUAGUACCAGUAGCAAGAGGUCUAGUGGGGAUGUAUAUGUCGUUUUUAGAAGACACACCAGAAACCAGCAUUGAGGUUCCAGACGAGCUUAGGAAUUUACCAAUAGCUUCUAAAUAUAGGCUAUGUUACAAUCUCAACAACGACAUGGUUUUAAGAUGUUGGUAA